CAACAUCAGGCACAGGGCCAACAGGUCCUUGGAUUUCCAUCCACCUCUUCAUACCAAUCCAUUUACUUCUACCAUUCCUCAGCUACUCUUGUCAUCGACUGAUUGCCUCGCAAGUACACGCUGCCCUCGUCAUGUCGUGCGCUCCUGCCUGCUUUCCCUCGACGCCUGCGAGUUGUGCAUCCGUGGGUGCCCUCUGUGGUAGUCUUGCCCCAAACGCGGCCAAUGAAGCUCAACGGGAGGCGAGUACAUCCCAGGACUUCAAGGGCUUCGCAAAGCCUAUGCUAUCAGCAAGAGGAGCCAAGCAUGCCGCCAGCGUGACGCCCUUCUGGACCGUGUUUGACUCUAUGCUGCGAGACGUGUACUGCGCCCAGAAGAAUCCAAAUGGUAUUAUCAACAUGGGCAUCGCAAACAACUCGCUCAUGCAGGACGAGCUCCUCGAGUACUUUUCCUCACACCUCGCACUCGACCCUACAGACCUCACUUAUGGCACAUCGCUGCACGGCUCCAUUCGCCUUUUCGACGCUCUGUGCACUCACUUCAACCGCAAAGCAUUUGCACCUGUGCUGCCGGUCAAGCCCGAUCAUAUCCUUACUGGACCUGGGUGUGGCCCGCUUCUGGACCAGCUCUUCGAGCACCUCGCGGCGCCGGGAGAAGCCUGUCUAGCUGCAGCUCCUUAUUACAAUGGUUUUGACGCCGACCUCAUGACUAGGGCAGGAGUGAAAUGCAUUCCCGUCUUUGCAGCGGUCGGCGACGGGACUGAGAAGGAGAAUUUUACAGGUGCGGCAGCUCUGCGAGGAUUCGAUGAAGCACUAGCGGAGCACAAUGCAGCAGGCAGCACAGUGCGAGCUAUCCUCGUGUGCAAUCCUCACAACCCGGUCGGCAAGUGCUACAACCGCCAAGCACUCGUGGAAUACGGCAAAUUCGCCCAAGUCCACGAUCUCCACCUCGUCUUCGACGAAAUCUACGCAAUGUCGACGUUCCCGACCUCUGACGACGGAGCUCCACAGCCUUUCAUCUCUGCACUCAACAUCGACUGGGCUACCGAAGCAGGCUGCGACCCCCGUCGUAUCCAUAUUCUCACUUCUGCCAGCAAAGACUUUGGUCUGAAUGGGUUCCGCGUCGGCACUUUCAUUUCGCAGUACAACGCCGAGCUCAUGGCCGCAAUGAAGGUCACCACCAAGCUCUACAUGGUCUCCUCCCCAGCCGACGCCCUCUUCAGCUCCUUACUCGUCGAUCAAGACUUCUACCCGCGAUUCGUAGAGACAAACCAGGCCCGUCUGAGCAGGGCCUACGAAAAGGUCAAAGGGUGGUGCGUACGCCACGCCAUCCCCUACAAGCCUAGCAAUGCAGGUCAUUUCCUUCUCGUGGACCUCGCACGCUUCCUACCUCGGGAAAUGGGCGGGCAUGAGCUGGUAGAUGAAACGCAGAGAGAGACGGCCCUCUGGUCCCUUGUGCUCAAGGAGAGAUUGUGCAUCACACCUGGCUCGAACUACCAUCAUCCUCAGGUGGGUUGGUUUAGGAUCACGUUCAGUCUGCAGGAUCAGGUCCUCACAAAGGGGCUGCAGAGGCUGGAGAAGGCGCUCGGACUGCCGGAAUGCGCGGCUGAGGAUAUGUUCGAGAGCGAGACAGAGGAUCUAAAGGCCUCUGCCCCUGCCGCUGCCGCUGCCACCACUACUCAGAGUAGCGACAAGAAGCCAUCAGACAGACUUCAGUCUCCCAAUCUUGCCAAGCCGGAUCGCUCGGCCCUCGUGACGGCGCUCUGCGGCCCUCCUUCUGCUGCUACUUCAAAAUCCAGCUGCCCUCUUCCCCUCGCAUCACAAGCCGCGGCGCACGUAGUCGAAGACUACGAGCUGCUGAGGGAGCUCAGCCUUGAGUCUCAGAGAGGCGCGACGAAGGCUUUGGGGUGUAUGUGUUGAAGUGAGGCGGUCAUCG